GCUCUGCUCGGCAGCAGCGGAGCCGACUAGAAACCAUGAAGCGCAACAAGACGCGCUGGAGGGACUCGAACAGCGGACGGGAGGAGCGCCAAUGCCAGAUCUGUCUUUAAGUCUCUUCCGGGGACACUGGGCAGAUUUGGGGACGCCAGCAGGUGGACACCGAGUUUAGUCCGCGCGUGCGUAAACUGAGCGGAGGGUCCCGAGCGGGGAUACAAAAAAUAGUCUUGGAGUUGCCAGCAAAGCACCAAACAAGUGGAGACGAGAUCUGGGUGAAGAGAAGUGAAUCAGUGGCAGUUUCUUCCUCACAUUUGGACAUAUUUUAGGAGAUUUCCGAGAAGAACUGCUGCCGGCGUGUCCUGCGUAAAAAACAGAUGUCUCGCAUCUCAAAAGCCAUUUUAAGGAACCGUUACUUUUCCCUUAAGAGCCCGGGAGCGCAGCUGUGACUUUAUAAUUGAACAGAUACUGGACGUAAAGUGAGAGGCAGACAGUUCAGCGCGAAACCAUGGUAAAGUUUCAAAACUCCGACCUGUGGAUAGCCUGGAUGGUUGUUUUCUGCAUGGAAGGUUGGAGGUUUGAUCUGCACACAGGGAAAGUGUGUGUUCGGGCCCUUGAUGUGACAGUGUCCCAGAGCAGCAUCCAGGUGGCCCGUGGCCAGGCGGCCAUCCUGCCGUGCUCCUUCACCACCAGCGCUGCCCUCAACAACCUCAACAUCAUCUGGAUGGUGAUACCCCUAUCUAAUGCAAACCAGCCAGAACAGGUGAUCAUUUACCAGGGUGGCCAGGUGUUUAGUCUCGCCACCCGCCUCAACGGUCGUGUGGGCUUUGUGACCACGAUGCCAAGCACAAGUGCCUCCAUCUUCAUAAACAACACUCAGCUGUCCGACACCGGGACGUACCAGUGCCUGGUCAACAACUUCCCGGACAGAGGGGGGCGCAACAUCGGCGUCAUUGGGCUUACAGUGUUGGUGCCCCCCUCUGUGCCAGCAUGUCGAAUCCAGGGCACUCUGGAUGUAGGCAGCGACAUCAUGCUGUUCUGCAGCUCAGAGGAAGGCAUUCCCACGCCGACCUACUCCUGGGAGAAGCUCGACGCCCUUCCCAGGCUUCCACACAACGCCAUGCAAGACCAAAUGCAGGGCACGGUUACUCUGAGGAACAUCAGCACCAGCACAUCAGGACUUUACCAGUGCACCUCCAGCAACACUAUCGGCAAGAGCACCUGUGUACUCAACCUGCAGGUUGUGGCACCUCAGCCACAGAGUGUGGGUCUAAUAGCGGGAACCAUUGCCACAGGAGUCCUGGCUGUCAUUAUCUGUGCCCUGCUGGUGGUGGUGACACUGUUCUACUGGAGGAACAAGAACAAAUAUGAAGAGGAGGAGAUCCCCAAUGAAAUCAGAGAAGAUGAUCUUCCACCCAAGCGCUCAUCAUCAGUGAAAGCUUUCCACGCAGACGCCUCAUCCUCCGAAAAUGACACCCUGACAUCCACCAACACUUACAACAGCCGCUACUGGCACAACCCGAAAACCAACUAUGACACCAACUCCUACACCCGCUACAACGGAGACACUCGCCAGACCUUCUCCAUGGCUGCACCUCAUGGUGUGCAAGGACACGUGCAAACCCAGAACGUUGCCCACGCCCACGGCACGGCGGUCACCGCCCCAGGCUCCACCCCGCUGACCCGCCAUCCCCCGCCCACGACCACGACGGCGUCAUUUGCCAACGGCAGCCACACUCUCCCUCCACCCAAGACUCUGGUGGUUACCUCAAACUCUGCCCCCUCUCCUCCCACAAUGGUGCGCAGCAACGGCUCUGUGAGCCUCAAACCGGCUGUGACGUCCACGCACGGGCAGCACACACACUCCUACGCCGUGAGCCAAGCCACCCUGGAGCGGAUGGGGGCGGUGCCGGUCAUGGUGCCCGCCCAGAGCAGAGCAGGCUCACUCGUUUGAGACGUGUCUCGAUUCAUAAAACAACUAAACUUUGAUAACAAGACUAAAUGAGCGUGCGCUUGAGAUGUUUUAAAAAAAAAAAACACUAUACUGAACGAAUUCGGGCUGAAGCAGCCCGCCGCCCUUUACAGCUGUGUCUUUCUCUAUGUCUUUACCUUUUUACGUCAAAACAAACUGGGCUUUUACAGUUUUACAGAGUUCAUUCAAUGCCAACUCCUUUGUGGAUGGGAUCUUGCAUUUCAGAAACGCCGGAAUCCCCACGAUGGGGUUUUUCUCCCCCGGGACGCAGCAGGAGCGACGCUUCUUUAAACCCCUUGAAUGAUUUCGCAGAGUUAAAAAAAAAGUCUGCCCCACCAUUGAUUUCUUUAGGGCUGGAUCAUUGCAACAAUUGUGUGUUUAUUUUUUAUUUUUUUCCUGAAGCAGCCAUUGUUAGCUCAGCGCGUCCACUUGCAUCGUCAGACAGAAGCAAGCUCGCAUUUUCACAUUAUUGUUCUUUUUAUUAGGUAUGACAGACAUGUUUCACCCAUUUUGAUUUUCCCCUUUCCGUCUCAGUGAUUGAGUGAAAAGGUAGAAACAAAAGAAUGUUGAUAUAUGGGCUCGAAGUAACCAAAAGCACGAGUGUGUAAGGAUGAAAUGAUUUACAAUGGCCUUAGAAGUGUGGAAUGAAACGGGAAUUACCGAGUGCAAUACACUGCAAAUCAGACGUCGAAGAAAAGAAUGGAUCGUUUUUGGCACUUUUCAGAGCAACAUCAAAUCUGCUGUCUUAUACAAAAAGAGUCUUACUAAUAAAAUGCUUCACAACCUACUUUUUAUGCACAAUUUAUACUGCUGUUGGAUCAAGAUGAAAAGAGCUGGGUUUUUGGAAAAAAAUACUUUAACUAGAACCAUUUCCCCACAUCCAGGUGUGAAUCCAAACCUGCUGCUGGAUAUUGUCUUUGUCGUUUUUCAUCCUUGCUGUUGUUUAAAUCUGAUUUAUGUCCCAUUUGUGCUGCUUUAAAAGGAUGUCUUAUUAAAAAAAAAUGCUUGUAGAGAUACAAAGACGCCAUACAAACCUA